CUCCCCCGGUGGCUGUCAACAUAAGUUUUGGCUCGUUAAUGUCGAAGAAAUCAUCCGGAGGAAAAUUUAGUUUUAACAAAAAACCGACGGUAAACACACAUGGAAAACAGCAUGGUUAUUCUCCCGGAAGCUUGUCGCUGCUGCCUACUUGAGGAUCAAAAUAUGGUGCACGUAUUCGAUGUGCUGGACGAGUUCGGCACCAAAAUCAGCGACCUCAUCGAGCGCCAUGGCAGAGUAACGAUAAUGCAAAGCGAUUCAUAUUCGAAACAAAUUUGCUUUGACUGUCUCGACAAUGUGGCCAAAUCGGAGCGGUUCUCGCUGCGUUGCCAGAAGACGAUGAAUUUGUUGCUCAAUUUGGUGAUUGAACAGCUGGAUUGUAGCGAUGAUGCAGUAUCAAUGGAUGAGAUUGCGGUUCCGGGAAAGCAUCCGUCGGAAAAUGUUGUGUCGUAUGUAACUUCCGGGGAGGAUUCAACGGGAACAGCCGUACAAAAUGCCAAUGUGCUGAAGUGUGCACUAGUGGACGAUUGCGAAGUGAAUCAGUUGGUAAGACCAAUAACGUCCGGAAAAGACGAGGAUAUGUCGUUGUAUUGUAUCCAGGAAUGUGAACAAGAGAAGCAUUGUCAACAGGACAUGAUUCAGGGACAACUGGAACUGGUGGCGGAACAGUGCACACACCAUCCGGACAGCAUUAUCACAAACGAGAACGUCGAAGAUGAAUUGCUCGAGGAAUCAUCCGUAAAUUCAACAGUGCAGGAAGUUAUGCUUUUGGACAAUCAAACGGAUAACGAGGCGCAUUAUAAUAAGGAAGAGGAGGAGGUAGAUGAAACUGUUGCCGAGCCUCACGGUGAUUAUGACAAUGAUCCUAUGACCGAACACAGGCAGAAACAGUUUGAACACUAUUGCGAACAAUGUGGGGCAUCCUUUGUUCUAACAAAAAAUUUUGCGAUACAUCUUCGUGCGCACGAAAUGAUUGCGUGUAAGCAUUGUUUAGAAACUUUUAACAGUGUUGAUGAUUGUAGUCUUCACGAAUCGAAAUGCCGACGAGGUAUGAACUACAAUAGCACUUCUGAAGGUAGCACUUUAGCCAGCGAACAGCGCAGCGGAAUAGUACCGUCGCGUAAAAAAACAUUCCCCUGUCCACAAUGUGGCAAGAAUUUUAUCUGCGCUUCCGCUUUAUUAGCGCACUUGCGCACGCACACGGGAGAGCGACCGUUUCAGUGCAAAUAUUGUGAUAAGCGGUUCUCCACACCUACUGGUCAAGAUUUACACGAACGACGGCAUUUGGGCAUUAAACCGCACAGAUGUGAAAUUUGUGGCCGAAAGUUCACUGAAAGCAGCAAUCUCGAGGUGCAUGUGCGUUCGCAUACGCAAGAAAAGCCACAUGUAUGCACGCUCUGCAAUCGACCGUUUGGGCGGGUAUAUCUGUUACAGCUGCACAUGAGGACGCACACCGGCGAGAAACCGUACACCUGUGAGACUUGUGCAAAAGGAUUUACACAACAGGGCGAUCUAGCAGCUCAUCGUCGAAUCCACAGUGGCGAACGUCCGUACGUUUGUGAUAUUUGCGGAAAAACGUUCACCAAGAGCAACACUCUUAGUCAGCAUAAAAAGACCCACGAAAAGCAUUGAUUAUAAACGUAUGCGUCCUAUUUCUCUUCUCUGUUUUGCUGUGCUAUGGUUUAUCUAUUCAACCAAUACUUGCUUUUCGGGUUCCCGCUGGUCAUCCACUGAUUCUUCUGUUAAAAUCUUUAACGUGAAGAUAGUUGUUAUCCUUUCUUAAGCAAAUGUUGCGAUAAGCAAGAGCUGUAUCUGUACCGGUUUCUCAAAUAUUCAUUCGAGUCGGUAGAGUGAUUCGUUUUAUUUGAUCCUUUGCUGCGAUGUCUUCCCUAACUUGUUUAGCGAAAAAUCAUAUACUCCUUCGCCGCGUUAUCUACAAUGAUAAAAGGAAUGAUGGAUAAAAGACUGAUAAUGAAACAGCAUAUUUUUUCCUUUCACUCAAUUCUCACUUUAUUAGAAACGGGUAAACCUUCUGUCUGGGUGUUUGCAUCCACGAAGGACCAUUCUGUUAUAAGACGGGAAAAUUCGUAGAGCAUCAUUAUCACGAUGGUCGUGCAUUGCAUGAUGACGAAAUGAGAAAUCGAGGUACCGAUAUCCAACCACGAGCCUUCGUUGCGGACGAGAAAGAAAAAGUUCAAACACAUCACGUCACACAAGAUAAGCGUGAGUGUGAACAGCUUAUUCUUCGGAACCUGCCAGCGAAAAAAGGUAUAGUAGUAAGAUUUGUUUCAUUUGAAAUGCUGAAAUGCCAUGCCAACAUACGGAAGUUACGAUCACGAUAGCUCUCAACGUGCAAACGACCAGCACAACCGGAAUCAACAACUUAAGUAUAAUCAGGCCCAUCAUAGUGAAAGGAGAAAAAGUUGCUACGAAACAUCGUACCCAGUUCGGAUCGAACGAACUGACCGUUGCCAGAUUGCCCGUACCAAAAAACGAUGUUAACAGCAA